AGUCCUCCCUCCCAUUCAUGAUCAGUUCAAAUUGAAUUGCUUCUCAUCAUCUCUGGAACUUUCUUGAUUUCGAGUUUAAUUCUUUGAACUUGCCAAUUCGUAAUCGAAUUAGAGCUGGUUUUUUGUUUUUUGUUUUUGUUUUUUGUGUUUAGAUUCAGUGCGAUUUAUCCUCUGGUUCCCCUAAAAUUGCUGGAUAACAGUGUACCUAGCUGCUUGAACUUGCUGUUUCAUUGCUUUGCAGCUCUUAUCGCUUAUGGAUCUUAACGAUCUCAACAAGGUUUGGGAAAUUAAGCCUUUGAAGAAGAUUGGGGAAGAUGAUGCUCGGAAAGUGCUUGAAAAAAUAGCUAAACAGGUGCAACCUAUCAUGCGCAAACGCAGAUGGAAAGUGGAAACUCUUUCGGAGUUCUAUCCUGACAAUCCGGGACUCAUGGGAGUGAACAUAGGAGGAGGUCAGGAGAUAAAACUUAGAAUUCGGAGGCCUAAUAGUGAGUGGGAUUUCUUCCCUUAUGAGCAGAUUCUUGACACAAUGCUUCAUGAGCUUUGCCAUAUUGUUCAUGGUCCUCAUAAUGCUGAUUUCUACAACCUUUUAGAUGAACUCAGAAAGGAAUGUGAAGAACUUAUGUGUAAAGGUAUCACGGGCACCGGGCAGGGAUUCGAUGUUCGUGGGAGACGUUUAGGUGGGAUCUCUCACCAAUUACCUCUAUCAUCCCUCCGGCAAACUACCUUAACUGCUGCUGAAAAUCGAGCUCGAGGUGCUCCAUCAGGACCUAAGCGCCUAGGUGGUGACAGCAAAAUGAAGGCAGUGCUUAGUCCUGUACAAGCAGCUGCCAUGGCAGCAGAAAGAAGAUUAAAAGAUGAUUUGUGGUGUGGUUCCAAGUCCUUGGAGAACAACUCAGAUAGAGCCAAAAAUAUGAGUUCCUCCACUGGACCCUCCAGAACUUCAAAUGUUUUCACUCCUGUUACAUCCCAAAUUCCAUCAGCUGCUUCCUUUCCUACUCCUCAGGAAGCCAGGUCUGAUCUGGAAAAUUGGCAGUGCAGUGCAUGUACCCUUCUAAACCAGCCAUUGGCUCUGAUUUGUGAAGCUUGUGGGAACCGUAAGAACAAAAUGAACACAAAGACUUGGGGUUGCAAGUUCUGUACUCUCAGCAACAGUACUGAUGCAGAUAGAUGCUUAGCUUGUGGGGAAUGGAGAUAUUCAUAUGGCCCUCCCCUCGCCACGCAAGGUCCUUAUAUUGGCACUUGACAAUUUAUCUGCCUAUUCAUACAUUGAUUUCUACAGGGUUGGAUGUGUGAUACUUCCCCACACCACAGCCCACGCACGCACACAUGGACCCACCAAGUGAGCUCAUAUACGUACCCUCUAGGCCUAGCUUCAUUGUGCUAAACACGCUGACGCGUUGCUGUACACAACGGAAGGGAAAGAUCGCAUAACAUUAUGACAAACAUAAAUAUCGAA